CUUUUAUGUAGUUUAUAUCCAUAAAACUUGUUAUCUGAUAAGGUGUGGUAGGUGAUUCUGAUUAUUUAUUGCGAUUAUUAGUCACUUUAAAUAGUUUAAUUAAAGGAAACAUGUGUUAAAAACUUCUAAUUUAAAAAUGGGGGAAUUGAACAGACCUUUACGAUAUCAAGAAACUAGUUUUGACAACAAUGUUAUUCACAGAUCCACUGAGAGUGUUUAUACUGUUUUGGAGUCUGAAUAUGAUGAAAGAAGUGGCUUUGAUUCAUGCAUGACAAGGAUUCCAUAUGCCACUCUGAUAGCCACAAUUAUGUGUGCUUUAGGGGUGGUAAUUUUUUGUGGUACAAUGUACAGAGGUGCAACCCUUUCAGUUAUGAUGUUUACUGAUGUGUUCAGCAUACAAUUGUUCUGGGUUGAUGCUGUUAAAAUGACUUUUGUUCUAAUUGGGGCCUGUAUGGGUGCUCUUGGCUUAAUGAUUUUAUUUGUUGGAUUUUUGGCGACUGGUGCAACAAGACAUAAGAUUUACAGGGGUUGGGGUAGCCGAGUUGGUGGUAGAAUUAGUUGUGCUACCUUUUUGUGUAUUACUUACAUUCUACAAAUCUGCUGGAUUUUGAUAUUCUGUUUCUUGGUGAUUGUUACAUUUAUAUUUACUGUGUUUUGGAAAAUGUGUGAUAACCCUGAUGUUCAGCAGCUAAGAACUUCAAUUGACUUGACACAAUUUUAUUUUAUGUUUCCCAGCGGUAUGAGGCAAGAUCACCUGAAAAUAACUGGUGAAGUACAAAUUAAAACUUUCUGCAAGGAUUAUGUUGAAAAAAUCGAAGUUAUGCUUAUUUUGGCAACAGUUUCUUCAAUUUUGAUCAUCUUAAGUUUGAUUCACUAUUUGAUGUGUUUGUCUGCCAAUUAUGCACACAUUCGAGACCAGGAUAAAUUCAUUCAGCUCCAGGAAAUGCAAAUUUUAAAUGACAACGAUUUACUAUCAUCGAAGGAUAGAUUCUAGGAUAAGGCCCAGGAAAUACAUAUGACUGAAACCAUCUUUGAUAACUUUUCGUAGUUUUGAAUGUUAAAAUUUUGAUUGUAUUGUGUAUUUCCUGGGUUUUUUUAUUUAAAAAUUAUUUAUUCAUUUUUGUUUCCGUCCUGAAGUGUUUUGUAUAUUUUGAAAUUACCAAAUUUUCCUAGGGUUAAGUGUAAUCACGAAGUUAAGUUAAGAAUUGUAUACAAAAUGUUUUGAUGUUUUGUGUAUUUAGAUGUAUUAUUUCAUAUCAGUGAUUGAAAUUAUUCUUAUGAAAUGAUCAAAACCUGUUAAGUACUAAGUAGGUAGCUAGUAAACUUUUGAUAUUUGUAUAUUUAUACCAUUAAACAUAUUUUUUCCAA